UAUAUUAAGCAAGCUAAACGUAAGAAUAGGUUUAUAAAGCUGCUAUAAAAUAAAUGGAUUCGAACGGCAAAGUGAACGGUUCAACAAACUCUGAAGGAGAGAAUAAAGUUGACGGACUCGAACAGGACAUUGUUAACCCAUGGGAAGUUCAAUCUAGCAGCGCCAAAGGAGUGGAUUAUGAUAAGUUAAUAAAAAGAUUCGGAUCAAGUAAAGUAGAUGAGGCCCUUCUUCAAAGGUUUGAGGCAAUUGUGGCAAAACGUGGCAAAAAGUUGCAUCCAUUUUUAAAACGUGGAAUGUUUUUCUCGCACCGUGAGCUUGACUAUAUCCUUACCUUGUAUGAACAAAACAAACCAUUUUACCUUUAUACUGGUCGAGGGCCGUCAUCACAAUCCAUGCAUGUAGGUCACAUGAUACCAUUCAUGAUGACACAAUACCUUCAAGAGGCGUUUGAUGUCCCUGUUGUGGUGCAGCUUACAGAUGAUGAAAAGUUUUUGUGGAAGGAUCUGGCCUUGGAAGAAUGCUAUCGGCUGUCAUAUGAGAAUAUGAAGGAUAUCAUUGCUUGCGGUUUCGAUCCGGACAAAACUUUUAUUUUUUCAGACCUUGAUUAUAUAGGCUCAUGCAAAGAGUUUUAUUGGAAUAUGAAAAGAGUUGAAAAAUGUGUCACCUAUAACCAAGUUAAAGGUAUCUUUGGCUUUGGGGACAGUGACUGCAUUGGUAAGAUAAGUUUUCCUGCAAUACAAGCUGCUCCCUCGUUUUCAUCAAGCUUUCCCCACAUUUUUAAUGGAUGCAAGGACAUCCCAUGUCUCAUACCUUGUGCAAUAGACCAGGACCCUUAUUUCAGAAUGACACGUGAUGUUGCACCAAGACUACAAUACAGAAAACCCGCGCUUUUACACUCGGUGUUCUUCCCCGCCCUGCAAGGCGCUCAAACUAAGAUGAGUUCUUCAGACCCUACAUCAUCUAUAUUUCUCACUGACACUGCCAACCAAAUCAAAAAAAAGAUUAACAAGUACGCGUUCUCGGGCGGUCGUGACACAGUCGAGCUGCACAGGGAGUUUGGAGGCAACUGUGAAGUUGAUGUUUCUAUCCAGUAUCUCUCCUUCUUCCUCAUGGAUGAUGACGAAUUAGACCAAAUAAAAAAAGAUUACUCAAGUGGAGAGCUAUUGACUGGGGAGCUAAAACAGAAACUUAUCGUAGUUUUGCAAGCAUUGAUUGGCAAGCACCAAGCUGCAAGGAAUGAAGUCACUGAUGAAACGAUCAAGAAAUUUACCCGGCUUACUAAAUACCCAUGCUGUGAUAACUAUAAACCUACACCGGUGGUUACAAAGAACAAGAAAUCAAAGAAAAAAGAUAAAACUUCAGCACCAACAAUGAAUGAACUAACAUUGACAAGCUAAUGUUUCAACUGUCAACCAAUGAAUGAAAAUUUAAUCUAUUAUGUUUGAGUGUCCAGCAAACAAGUGUAUGUACUUUAUAAAUAAUGUUGGUUGUAGUUUUGGUGUUUUAAUUACAAGAUAUCUGAUAAGCAAAAAUUUUAUCAAGUGUUUUGUUUACUUUUAUUUUCAUUAUGUCUGGUUUAUGAGUAUCUGGUCAAAUCAUUUCACUUUCAUCAAAAUUGGAACUUAGGUUAAUAUGAUUUAAAUUUUACUUAUAUUCUAGGAAAUAUAGUGUUCACUAUUCUUAUAGUUCCGGUUUUCGGAUAUUCUACUGCUGCGUACUCACUACUGCAUAUCAUUAUCAUUACCUAUCACAAGCUAUGCUAAGAGUACUGUAUAGACUAGAGUGUGUGGACAACUUUUAAAAUUGAGUUAAUUGUUUGUGUUGGAAUCCCAAUUUAGUGUUUGGUAUCAGAUUUUAAAAAGCCAAGUACGGUUUAUGAACUAUGCACUACCACCAGCUAUUUUGACGAGUUCUUGUUUCUCUUGUGCAGUAACAGUGAAAAAUAUAGGUUGUAUGAAAGACUAAUGUAGUAGAUAUAUUGUAGGUCAUGUCAAGUUGUUGCGAGCAUGUGAUUGUUUUAUUUUUGCUCCCUUAGAUAAUUGUAGAGAAGUUAUGGUAGAAUAAAGGGUGAUUCUCAUUAGAACUUAGUAUUUUUCUUCCUAUUUUUUGCCUUUCUGUUCUUUUUAACGUUUAUUAGUAAACUAUUCUUUGUAAAACCAAUUGCCAUUAAUUGUUAAUAUCUAAAAUUAAAUUCACAACGCUUUGGUGAUAUUUCAGA